GUUACAGUGCCGGGUUACAGUGCCGGGUCACGCUGCUCGGUCUCCGCGCCGCGCUGCCGUUGCCAGGGGCUCGGCGGGCAGCGAUGGUGAAGGAAACUAUCCGGGUGUACGCGCGGGUGAAGCCGCUGGGCAGGCGGCAGCAGGCGGGGAGUUAUUCAGUGGAUGAUGAGGAGGAUCUUCUCUCUAGUCUGGAGAUUACUGUGCCACGUGACUUAGCAGAUGGGUUCGUCAAUAAUAAACGAGAGACCUACAAGUUCAAAUUUCAGAAAAUUUUUGAUCAAGAAGCAAAACAAGAUGUGAUUUUUGACAGCAUUGCCAAACCAGUAGCAGAAUGUGUUUUGGCUGGAUAUAAUGGUACUAUCUUUGCAUAUGGUCAGACAGGCAGUGGCAAAACUUUUACCAUCACAGGAGGAGCAGAACGUUACAGUGAUCGAGGCAUUAUUCCCAGGACUCUAUCUUAUAUUUUUGAUCAGCUGCAGAAGGACAGCAGUAAAGUGUAUACAACUCAUGUUUCCUACUUAGAAAUCUACAAUGAAUGUGGUUAUGAUCUGCUGGACCCAAGGCAUGAGGCCUCCAGAUUGGAAGAUUUGCCAAAAGUGACAAUAAUGGAAGACUCUGAUCAAAACAUUCAUCUGAAAAACUUGUCUCUUCAGCAAGCGACCAAUGAAGAGGAAGCCUUAAACCUGCUCUUCUUGGGAGACACCAACAGAAUGAUUGCUGAGACACCAAUGAAUCAAGCCUCAAGCCGAUCUCACUGCAUUUUCACUGUUCACGUCUCCAGCAAGGAACCUGGAUCUGCAACUAUCAGACGCUCCAAGUUGCACUUAGUAGACCUUGCUGGAUCAGAACGUGUUGCAAAGACUGGAGUUGGAGGUCACUUGCUGACAGAAGCCAAAUAUAUCAACCUGUCAUUACAUUAUUUGGAACAGGUAAUAAUUGCCCUUGCAGAGAAAAACCGGUCCCACAUUCCUUAUCGAAACUCUAUGAUGACCUCAGUGCUAAGAGACAGCCUGGGAGGAAACUGCAUGACUGCCAUGAUAGCAACACUCUCUAUAGACAAAAGAAACAUAGAUGAAUCUAUAUCAACCUGCAGAUUUGCACAGCGAGUUGCUCUUAUUAAGAAUGAAGCAGUUCUUAAUGAAGAAAUCGACCCCAGAUUGAUGAUUGUCCAGUUGAAAAAGGAAAUCCAGGAUUUGAAGGAUGAGUUGGAGCUGGUGACUGGCAAGCAAAGAACGUCAGAGCUUUCACAAGAAGAGCUGCUUCAGUUGGAUGAAUUAAUUGAAAUGUUUCUCAAAGAUAGCGAUCCUGAUAGCACUCUGGAUGUUGGUGCUGACAUGCGCAAGAUCAAGUAUUGCUUCAUUCAUAUGAAGCAACUGAUGAAUCAUCCCACAACUUCUGAUAAAAAACUGCUCUCACAAAACAUCUCUGAAGAAGAAGACACCAACAAAGAAUCAGGAGAAGAACUGGAAAAACUUAAAGACCUUCUGCAGCAAAGAGACAAUGAAAUCAAUAUUCUGGUAAAUAUGCUAAAAAAAGAAAAAAAGAAAGCACAAGAUGCUCUUUUCCAGCUUAAUGCCAGCUCUGCUUGUUCUACAGUCUUGGAGCAGUCUCUAUCUAUAAACUUGGAAGAUAGGCAGAGCCCAUCUAGCUGUUUUAGUCUGAAAGGGGCAAAAGAUUUCAGCUCUUCUGUUCACAGACUACCUUUUCUUUCUAGACAAACAGGAGGAAAGAUGUCACUUGGAUGUCAGGAAGCUUUUGAAGUUUUCAAGCGGGACCAUGCUGACAGUAUAACCAUUGAGGACAACAAACAGCUUCUGAAACAGAGGUUUGCUGAAGUUAAAUGCCUUGGAGUAAAGCUAAAUGAAGUGAGAAGUAAAAUAAACUGUCUCAAAGGAGAGAUAACCCAGAGGCACAUUCAGAGAGCAGCUCUAGCUGUUUCAAGUCCUUCUGAAGAGUUAAAUAUGUUUGAUCCAGUAGAAGAGAAACUUAGAAUGCAAAUUGAAGAAGAAAAAAAAAGUUAUAAAACAAUGUUCAAUCGCUUCAAAGGGCUGAAGGUAGAGAUUGAGCACCUACAGCUUCUUAUGGAAAAAGUAAAGAUGAAGAUGCAAAAAGACUUUGAAGUCUGGUGGUCUGAAGAGGCAAAAAAUUUACAGCAGGAAAAGCCAGAGAUGGUUACAUCACCAAAUACUGUGACUGUUUAUCCCCAGUUUAUCAAAUCCUUGCAGCAUCUAUCAACUAACAGUUUUUCAGAGAUCACAAGAGUCAGCCCUAAUGAAGAUCCAGCUGGGAAAAACAAUUCCAUCACUGUUAGUAAUCCAACUUUAAAAACAAGGACCCCACAAAGUUCAAGUACAUCUAUUCCUCUGACUGGAGACAGCCAGGCUGAUGCUGACAUCCUAGCUUUCAUGAAAGCAAGACAGAGGAUCCUGCAAAGGAAAGGCUUGGAGAACAAAUGAAAUUCUUGUCACAGUCCACCAUUUCCUUUUAGAAAAAGUGAAAGACCUUUAUUCUUUCCCUUCCUGUUCUGUUUAGAAACAGGUACGAGUAAGUACUGUAGAUGUACAGGUUUAAUUGUUAAAGGUAUAUAAAUGAUUCGUCUUUGACAGCAAAAUCCUUUUCUCUGGCAAUAGAUUUUUGAGUAUUUGCACUCACUAUCUUCAUCUUGCAUUAAGAUUAUGCAAAACUGAAACAACUAAUCAGGAGUUCGCCAAAUAUGUUUGUUUAUGAGAAUUCAUUGUAUGUUUUCUAAAUGUUAAAAUUAUCUAAUAUGUUAAUGCUAUUCUACAUCUUUAAUCUGGGAAACUUAUUACUACUGAUAGUUUUGUUUGCAUCAAUUUGCAUAAGGCUUUAUUAAUUACAUCUAUUUGCCAUUAAGAGAUAUCUAUUCAAUAAUAGUAGUUAUCUGGGUUAUAAAAUUCUAUAGAAUUUCAUUUGAGGCUUUUUUUUUCUCCAAGGAAUAGAAGUUUUCAUAUCAGAUUAUUAGAAUACUGAGAUUGUCUUGUAAUAUAAAAAAAUGUAUUUUAGAAAGUAAUUUUCACAACUGUUUUCUUUUUAUUUGAAUGGAUUAAGUGUUGUGCAAAAUAUAUACCCUCCUCGAAUAUACAGGUUUCCGAAGAAACAAUUACACUUAAGAGGUUUAAAAUAGAACUGAGCAAAUACUUCUAAAACACAAAUGAGAUGUGGAAGUUUAAAUGCAGUUAUAUCUUAUAUAAAAUGUAAGUUCACUAUUGGCUCAGUACUACUUUAUUGGAUAAUAUCUAGGUAUGUAACAACUUAUUUUACAUAUCAGACCAAAAUCAAAAAAUGCAAUGCAAAAUACACUCUAUUUCUCUGAGAUAUACCUACUACCAGACUGAAAACAUAAUUUUUCAUGCUAGUGAUAAUCUUAUAGUCAUGCAUUUGGAAGGAUUUGGGUUGUUUAUAUAAAAAAUAAAAGAAUAUAUUGACAGAAGUCACAUAUUCUUAAGGAUGUAUAUUUCUUUGAGUUAUUGAUACUUAAUUCUGUGUCAAAUUCCUAAUUAUACAGAGGUACGUGGUGAAUUGCUAUGUUCAAACCUACACAAGAUAUACAUUUAUCUAAUUAACAACUAAUAUGCAAUCAAUUUAAAAAAACUAAAGUUAUACCUUUUUUGCCUUUUAAUUUUCUGUAAAAGUCAGCACAGCUAUCACAUAAAUUGGUAAUCUUUAUGCAGGAUUUAGUAUGUACAACGUGAGAUAAAAGUCAGAUCUACUCUUGCUUUGGAAAGAGGGAGUUCCACGAUUUGGUCAGAGGUGGAAAAAUGGCUGCUUUGUUGGAGAUUAUAUUAAAAUGUCCCUCUUCCAGAA